AUGGAAAAUCUAAAAAAUAUUUGGAAACCAGAACUUUACAGAAUUCAGAUGGAGGCUCCAACGCCGAAGCGCAUAAUUUGUGAAAAUUGUCCAAAUAGACCUGAAUUUUAUGGGAAAGAAUACCACGGUGUCAUGGGACAUAAAGAGGCUACGUUAUUGUUAGAAGACGAGCCUAAUGGAGCUUUUCUUAUUAGGAAAGGCAAUGAACUUAAUGAUUUUUAUACACUUUCUUGGAGGUUCAACGAUAGAAUACAUCACUAUAAACUAUAUUAUGACGGGACUCAUUAUAUUAAGGACAAGAGAUAUGAUUGUAUAUAUGAUCUAGUUGCCGACGGUCUCAUAUUCUGUCACAUGGAGUUGAAAGCACAUCAUAUACUAGAAAUGAUUAACUGUCGAACAAAUUACACAGAGAGUCCCUAUGUUACACUUAAUAGAAGAAAACUGAAUACAUUGUCUAAAAUGCAACAGGCAUCCAAUAAAUCUAGUCCAAUAUUCCAUAAAAAUGAGAACAAAAUCGUCGAAGUUGACAAUGAUGUCAAGAAAACAUUAGAUCUGACACCAACGGUAGAAGAUAGUCCAUUACUAUUUAAAUAUCUGAAAGCACACAGUUUUAAGUUGCAUACAUUUAAAGGAUUAAAUUGGUGUGAACUGUGUGCUAAUUUUCUUUGGGGUUUUACAGCGCAAGGAGUUAAAUGUGAAGACUGUGGGUUCAUAGCUCAUUCGAAAUGUUCUGAGAGAGUACCCAAUCACUGUUUACCGGAUCUUAAGAAGCUCAGAGGAGUAUUCGGUAUAGAUCUGACAACAUUACUGAAUGCUCAUUCCAGUACACUGCCAUUUGUAGUACGGAAGUGUGUCAAUGAAAUUGAAGCCAGGGGAAUGGAUUCCGAGGGUAUUUAUAGAGUAUCAGGAUUCGCUGAUGAGAUUGAGGCUCUGAAAAUGGCAUUUGAUAAAGAUGGUGAAUCAACUGAUUUGAGCGUUUUUAGCAACAUAAAUGUGAUAGCGGGGACUCUAAAGCUUUACCUUCGACUGUUACCAGUGCCCCUUAUUACCUAUGAUGUGCAUCCGAAACUCAUUAGUGCCAUUCAAACGAAAACUACAGCCUUGCAAGUGACAAUGCUGCGAGAGUGUCUUGAUUUAUUACCUCCAGCACAUUUCAACUGCCUACAAUACAUGGUUCAACAUUUAAAUAGAGUUUCCCAGCAUGCAGAUGUGAACAAAAUGUCAGCUCAUAACCUGAGUACUGUUUUCGCUCCAACAUUAGUUGCCACACCACCAGCUAUCACAGAUUUGGCGUUUGAAAUAAGAGCCUUACAAGCUCUCAUAGAAUUCUGUCCACAGAUUUACUAUGGCAGCAAGUAA